AAAUAAACCAAUUCAUUUAUUUUUCCAUUAAAAUAAAUUAAUUUAAAUCUAAUAAGUGACCUUAUGAAACAUUAAUUUACUGUAAAACUCAACCAUUUAUUGUUAAUACAUUACUGACUCUGGUGCAUGUGAGAUCUGAUUUAGUGACCUGAUAUUUAUUAACAUGAUGUGAACUGUUUUUUUUUAUUCUGAGAUGGCCUUCAAUUGAUGACUUGAACUAAUUUGGGGAUCUAGGGAUUUCUCCUCUAUGAAAUCCAUUUUCAACUUCAAAAUGUCAAUUUCAUCUUCUCAUUCACAAUCUGUUUUUGUUGUUAGAAGAGAUUGAGGGCCGGGUGGAUAGAGCACUUUCAAAGGAAUCAAAUGAAGAGCUUGAUCCGAUGGCCUUUCGCAAGGAGAUGGAGAGUGAUUCUGGGUAGUUAGAAGAAUGGAUGGGUAGAAAAUUGAGACACAACCAAAAGAAAAGAAGAAGGAGAGCAAAUCAUGCGCUUCAGUAUACAGGAUUUCUGCACCAAUUGAAUCUACUACGAUUAAUUUUAGAGGGAAAGGAAAAGCAACGAUGAAGAAGAAGUAUAGGGAGCAAAGGGUGAGCUUUGCAUCAAACCGAGAAAUGAAGGUGGUAGAUGAUUCUAUCGAUGAUAGCGGCAUCAAAAAUUACAAUUGAAGUGGUACACAAAAGGAUGAGUUAAGGGAUGUGCAAGACAUGUGGGGAUGUGCAAGACAUGUGGGGAUUUGCCAAGGAAUUGGGUGUUGUUCUAAAGAGUGGUGAGCAAGAUUUGAUUUAGAGAAUUGUGCAAUUAGAUGAAAGUGAUUGGGAUACGAGAAGACAAGUUUUGGAGCAAACAAGUGAUGCGGGAAUAAUGAUAAGAAAUUAGAAAUUAGAAGUUAGGUUAGAAUUUUAUAUUUUAUAAAGUUCAAUCAUUAAUUAGAAAUACAAUUCAUCGACAAUUCUAUUGAUCUAAAGUGGUUACCAAUAAACCACGACAAAGAAUGCCAAGAGUUGAUUUCAACUUUAAAAUGUCAAUUUCAUCUUCUCAGACAUGUUAUUAUGUGGGGCCUUGCACCGACGCUGUGUGGAUCUAUGUUCAUCAAUUGUUUGGUAGCCUCAUUGAAUGAGAAGAUGAAAUUGACAUUUUGAAGUUGAAAAUGGAUUUCACAAAGGAAAAAAUCCUAGAUGUCCAAUUUUAAGCCAACGAAUUUGGUUAUUUUUAGGGGAAUUAAUUAAUCCAGGUCAGCAAU